AUGGCACGCGACAGGUAUGCGCAGCAGAGCCUCGGCGGCACGCUGCACGGCAUGGUCAAGAAGGCUCGCGUGCUCAUGGUAGGAGCUGGCGGCAUUGGCUGCGAGCUGCUCAAGAAUCUUGUUCUUACUGGCUUCGGUGAGAUCCACAUUGUCGACCUGGACACCAUCGAUCUCAGCAACCUCAAUCGACAAUUCCUGUUCCGCAACGAACACAUAAAGAAGUCGAAGGCAUUGGUCGCGAAGGAGUCGGCGCAUCAGUUCAAUCCCAACGUCAAGAUCGAAGCCUACCACGACAACAUCAAGGACCCGCAAUUCAAUGUUGCAUGGUUCCAGACCUUCAACAUCGUAUUCAACGCGCUCGACAACCUCGAUGCACGUCGCCAUGUCAACAAGAUGUGCUUGGCUGCCAACGUACCGCUGAUCGAGAGUGGCACCACAGGCUUCAACGGGCAGGUGCAGGUCAUCAAGAAGGGAGACACCGAAUGCUACGACUGCGUACCGAAGGCCACACCGAAAGUCUUUGCCACAUGCACGAUUCGAAGCACACCCUCACAACUCAUCCAUUGCAUUGUGUGGGGCAAGUCGUACCUGUUUGCCGAGCUGUUUGGCAUCUCGGAGGAUGAUGCACCGGACCUAGAUCAGAGUUUGGAGAAAGAUGCAAACAACGCUGAGGAAAUUGCUGAACUGCGCAAGGAAGCGACCAAGUUGAAGCGCAUACGGGACCAAAUGGGCUCACAAGGCUUCCCGCGCGCUGUCUUCGAGAUGGUCUUCAAAGAGGAUAUCGAGCGCUUACUGAGCAUGGAAGACAUGUGGAAGGGCAAGAAUGCACCAGUCGCACUGGAUUUUGACAGAUUGUCGCAGGAGACUACGGCCCCGGCAGCAACGAUCAUGCAGGACGACCAAAGGGUAUGGAACACAGCAGAAAACUUCGCUAUCUUCGUGAACAGUCUGCAUCGGCUCAGCAACCGUCUGGAGACAGAACGUGCACAGGCAGAGGUUGGAAACGCGGCUCCCAUCCUGAGCUUCGACAAGGAUGAUGUAGACACCUUGGACUUCGUCGUUGCAAGCGCCAACCUACGCGCUGCCAUCUUCGGUAUUGAGCCCCGGUCAAAAUUCGAUAUCAAGCAAAUGGCCGGAAACAUCAUUCCUGCGAUCGCAACGACCAACGCCAUGACUGCUGGCCUCUGUGUUCUCCAAGCCUACAAGAUCUUGCGCUACACCGACCCAGAACAACUCAAGCGACAAGCCAAGAUGGUCUUCCUUACUAGGACUACUGAACGUGUUCUCGCCGCUGAGUCCCUUCGCAAUCCGAACCCCGAGUGCCCGACCUGCAGUGUCGCUCACAUUGCCCUGACCGUCGACACAGAACGUGCAAAGCUUAGCGACCUAGUAGACGAUGUAUUGAAAGAGCAGUUGGGCUAUGGCGAGGAUUUCAGUAUCACCAAGAAUGGCGACCUGCUUUACGACCCUGACGAGGACGCUCAUCUGGACAAGACGUUUGCCGAACUUGGCCUAGCAACGGACAGCUCAGUUGUUGUCAUUGAUGACGCAGACGAAGAUAAGAAAGUCAACGUGCAGUUCUCCAUUGUUGCGAAGGAUCUGCCGGCAACAGACAAACCCAUCAACCUGUUGUCAGACCCGAAGAUUGCAACAAGACCUAAUGCUGCAGUACCUGUUGCUUCACCUGCAGCGAACAGGCAUGCAAAGACGAAUGGCACCACCAAUGGUACAACAAGCGGAAGCCUCAAGCGAACAGCCGAAGAUGCCAGUCUUGAGGAUAGUCUAGUCAGGAAGAGGGGCAAGGCCAUGGAAGGUAAACAGAUCAUGGACGCUGAUGACAUAUUGGUGAUCGAGGACGAGAAGGACGAUGGUGUCAUCGAACUCGAUUGA